AUGAACUACGAUAAAAAGGUUGAGAUGGGCGAACGUAUGGGUCUGUUAGGGACAGAGCUCCUAGAAUUUGUAAAUAAGAAAGAGAAGCAAUAUACGGAAUGUGAGGAGCGUAUGCAGAGACGAGACGAAGACAGGUGUAGGUUUGAGGCUCAAGAAGCCGAGAAAUUUCGGCAUUAUGAUUUGCCGUAUGACCAAAGUGCCACCCUUUUGUUGAACCUCGACCCCUCCAUACAUGCUAACUUAGACCAGUAUAGGGAGACACUUUUCCAUUGUCGGACUAAUGGCGGCUUCCAGGCCAUUUCACCAGAAAUUUCAUCAUUCGGUGAAUAUUUUCCAACACCAAGGAAGAAACGAACAGUCCGUGAGCGAAUGUCACCGAGGAUUAUUUAUAAAAGAUCAGAGUUGCACAAUAUUGGACAAUUACCAAGUGCACAAAAGAGACCUAAUCCCAUGAUUAUCAAAAGAUUGAAAGAGUUUCGAUUAAUUCAGUAUAGAGGGACUCGAGGUGGGAAAAACCAGAUUAGACGAGCAUGGGACACUAACAAUGGGUUUUGUGAAAGUCAUUUGAAAGAGCAGACUUUACGCAGUCAGGAAAUCAUAGAAGAUAAAACAUCACAAUCAAUAGCUGAAAUAUUACGAGCAAAAGAAGAUGCAGAGAAAAACAAGCCGAAAGAUCCUAAUGCAUCAGGCGCAGGCAUUGCCAUCGAACAGGAACAUCAUCAAGAUGUACCAGUUCAGCACCAAGCGACACCUUUGGAGGAGGUACUUCAAGAAAAUGCGUUGAUACUGAAUGACAUAGCAGAAACUUGCGCGCAAAAGAAAAUAAAACACACAGAUAACAUACUCUUACUCGGAAACGCUGGAUCAGGCAAAAGUGCCCUUUUAAAUACAAUAAUUAAGGCACUUUCUGGAAGAUACAUACCAAGAGCAAGAUAUGGUUUUGGACAAACAUGUGCCCUGACGAAAACAUUACAAAGGUUUGAGAAUUGUGGUAUUACUGAAGAUGAUAUUGCCGAUGCCGACCGACGGGACAUUUUGAAACAUGCUAUACCUUAUCUUCCUUCUUUUUUUGACUCCCCCCCUUUCUGCAACAGUUCACCAGAAAUGAUGGAAAUAUUGGAACUGGUCAUUGGGGGUUUUAUUCCGCCAAAUACAAGCUUCAUAUCGCUGGAAAGACUACAACAAGGAAACUACCCAGGUUUCCUCAAAGACAAGUUUGCGCAAAGUAAUCCUAAUUGGAGGAUCAGCAAAAUUGUGUUUGUUCAAUCACCGAGGGACUCAUUAGAUGAACGUUUGAUUAAAAUGGUCAACGGUUUGUUAACGGUAGAAGAUCAAGAAAGAUGUUGUCCAAUAUACUCAAUUGAUAAUUUUGUUGUUAUAACAAAAUACGAUUUGGUAGACAGUGGUGACACGGUUAAAUUCAGACAGACCGAAGGAAGCUCUUUUGAUGGAUUGACGUUAGAGCACUUUGAACGUGUAGAACACGACAUUUGUUCGAAAUUUAACAUUAUUGAAGCAAAGGAACAUAACAUGUUUCGCUGGGUAAGUUAUUGUGACACCACAGGUUACGACAAUCCAUAUAUAGACAACAUUGCUUUGAAGUUUAUCCAACGUAUGCUGGAAAAAGACAGCCAGCCAUUCAAACCUUGCCAUAUUCCGAAACUCGCGAUCAGGAGAUGGUUUAAAAUAAAAGUCAGAAAUUUAGUGUGGAGGUGUCGAUAUAACUGGAUUGGAAUGGGUUUGGAUUUAAUGCAGAAAAUAUUCGGCCUGUGUAUAUAUCAUGCUCUUGUUGGGAUCAACUCAAUAUCGCGUAUCUGAUCUUAUUUAUCUGGUCAUAAAAUGUCAUAAAUAACCGAAAGCAUCGAUGUAAGAAAAUAUCGACAAUAAAUGAUAAAACAGUAGAAUAUGAAAAAAGUCUGGACAAUGUGUAAUAACAUUCAAUUUGCUUAUUUACUACUUGGA